AAAGAAAAUCAGCCAACAUACUGGACACAUAUAAUUGUCAAUAGAAUUGUUUAUUGUUCAGCACAAUAAACAAUUAUACUGUCACCAUUGUUACUGAUAUUGAAAGCUUAUUGAUAAUUUGUCCAAGUAAAGAAUGCCCUCCCACAAAUGUCAUGUGACAACCUCAUUGGCUUACAGAAUUGUGAUGUCACACACAUUUAGAAUCUUACCACCACUGUGAUCCUUUGAUCCUUUGAUCCUAAAACCCUUAAAUAGGGGUGAGACGCAAGAACUUUUAGUCCGUUAUUCGCAGCAUUUAUGUUUGCAGCAUUCAAACGUUCGCCAGACAAGCCUUUUUUUUUGGAUCCUUUUCAGAGUCACUGUUAACAGAUUCCAACAUGUCUCCAAGAAAACAGAAAAAAAGAGAAAACGUAAAGCCCAGCGCUCCUCUUUGCAAUCGAGAAGACGAUACUCAACUGCAGAAGAUGUGCUUGGAAGAAAUGCAUGAGGAAAAUCUCAUGAACAAUCACAAUACGCGACACCCGCCCCAGCCAGAGUACACCAAUUACAUCUGGGAAAGUUUUUUUAAACAACGAACGGAGAUUAUCUUACUGAGAGAGCACUGUGAGAGAAGGACCGAUGAAGUAGAUAGACUGUUCAAACAGCUUCUGGAUAAGGAAGAUAUUCAAAAGGAGAAAGAAAUGGAACUCCUAGACAUGCGGGGAAGGAUCUUUGAGCUCCAAGCAGAGCUUAAUAAAGUACAAGAAAAACCAACAGAAGAAAUCCUCCAACAGAAGAAAAAGGAGAAAGAGAGGGAAAAAAAGAUUCAGGAGCUGCAAGUAAAGCUUGAUCAAGCUCUGCAAAAAAAUCAAGAACUCCUCCAAGAGAAGAAACAACUGGUCAUAAAACUCCAAGGCACUGAGAUAAAUGAAAAAGUGCUGAAAGGAAGGGUUGAGUUUCUUCGAAAGAAAGCGCAACAGACCAUGAAAAAGGAAGAUAUGGAUUGCAAGCUUCAGGACAGCGAGAAACACAAGGAAGCCUUGCAAAUAAAGCUUGAAGAAGCUCUGCGAAGAAAUCAAGAACUCCUCCAAGAAAAAGAACAAAUGGACAUAAAGCAGCGCAAACUGCAAGGCAUGGAGGGAAAGUACAAAGGGCUUCAGGCGAAGCUUGAUAAAACACUGAACAAAAAUAAAGAGUUGCUUCAAGAAAAAAAGCAACUAGAAAUUAAACAGAAAGAAACGGACUCCAAGCUUGAAGGCGUGGAGGAAAAAUACACCGCGCUGAAAAUAAAGCUUGAUAAAACAGUGCAAAGAAAUAAGGAUUCCCUACAAGACAAAGAACAAUGGGAAAUAAAGCAGAAAGAAGAUAAACAAAUUCUCCAGGACUUUGAGAGGAAAAACCAACAACUGCAAGACCGUUAUAACAAACUGAACUCCAAAACAACUGAGCUGGAGGGGGAAAAGAAAAAAGUGCAAAGACAAUGCUCAGAGAUGCAGAGUAAGCUCAGUGACAUGCUGAGAAAAAACACAGAACUGGAGAAACUUUCCAACAACUUGAAGUGCAAAAACACUGAGGUGCAGAUGUUAAAGCAGCAAGUAGAGAAAACAACCAAAGACCUGCAGUGUACACUUCAAGAACUCGAGAGAAGUCAGCAGCUACAAGACGCACACAACAAAUUACAACACAGUUAUACAGAGAUGCACGAGGCAAAGCUUAUGCAGGAGGCCAAAUGUAAAGAACUGAAAGAAAGGCUCGAAGAAAAACAAGCCAAAUUAGAAGAAGUGGAGACAACAUGCAGGAAACUUGAGAAGGAAAACACACAAACAAUUGAUGAGUUACGAACCCUCAUCCUAGAGAAAAAAGUGCUCGUGGAAAAGAUCACGGAGAAGAAGAAAAAACGCUUCCGCUUCUUCUGGAG